ACUCACUGAGAGCUCCAGGUAGUGAGCAGUUCAGUAGAUUUCCUCAUUACCCAGCCCCUCUUUCUGUCGUCCCUACCCAGCAUCUGCCGGGUGGAGGAUGAAGGGGCUGCAGUGGCCCCAGCCUGUGCAGCGGCACCGGCGGUGGCUGCGGUGUGGGUGGCCGGAACUGGGGUGGUGAAGCAGCGGCGGUGGUGUCUAAAGGAGCGAUAGCCGCCUCAGCCUCUUUCCCUGUGCUUCCUAUCCUCUUUAGUGCAGCCAGGAAGUUUUCGCUUCUGUACGUGUGUGUGCGCGUGAGUGUGGGUGUGUGCAGUGAGCUUUGGGUGGCGUUUGUGCAGGCGUUGGGUUUUUUGCCCACUUCGCUUCCCGUAACCCCGGCAGCUCCGGAGCCUGGGCUGUGGCCCUAGGAGGGGGCGCGGCGGCCGGCUCUCUCCUUUUGUUGUUGUUUCCUCCGCCUGGGGAGCUGAAGGGGAGACGCGCCUGGGUGGGGCGGCUCGGAGCCCGGGCCUGGUGGCCCCCGGGGCUCCCGGGCGGGCAGGGUAGGACAGAGUAGAGCGGGCUUCAACAUGAUGGCGGCCGAGGCCGGCAGCGAGGAGGGCGGCCCGGUAACUGCCGGAGCGGGGGGAGGCGGCGCGGCUGCGGGCUCCAGUGCCUAUCCCGCAGUGUGUCGGGUGAGGAUACCCGCGGCCCUGCCUGUGGCAGCCGCCCCCUAUCCUGGGCUGGUGGAGACCGGAGUGGCUGGGACUCUGGGUGGCGGAGCCGCUUUGGGGUCAGGGUUCCUAGGAACCGGGUCUGUGGCAGGGGCAUCGGGGGGAGCCGGACUGACAGGGGGAGGUACUGCUGCUGGCGUGGCCGGUGCUGCUGCUGGCGUGGCCGGUGCUGCUGCUGCUGCUGCUGGACCCAGUGGAGACAUGUCUCUCACCAAGCUGCUCACUUCGUUGCCUGCUGAGACUCUCGGGCCAGGAGGUGUAUUUCCCCCUCUGCCUCCUCCCCCUCACCUGCCCCCUUUGGGGGCGGGUCUGGGGACAGUGGACGAAGGUGACUCUCUGGAUGGACCAGAAUACGAGGAGGAAGAGGUGGCCAUACCGUUGACCGCUCCUCCAACUAACCAGUGGUAUCAUGGAAAACUUGAUCGAACGAUAGCAGAAGAACGCCUCAGGCAGGCAGGAAAAUCUGGCAGUUAUCUUAUAAGAGAGAGUGAUCGGAGGCCAGGGUCCUUUGUACUUUCAUUUCUUAGCCAGAUGAAUGUUGUCAACCAUUUUAGGAUUAUUGCUAUGUGUGGCGAUUACUACAUUGGUGGAAGACGUUUUUCUUCACUGUCAGAUCUAAUAGGUUAUUACAGUCAUGUUUCUUGUUUGCUUAAAGGAGAAAAAUUGCUUUAUCCAGUUGCACCACCAGAGCCAGUAGAAGAUAGAAGACGUGUACGAGCUAUUCUGCCUUACACAAAAGUACCAGACACUGAUGAAAUAAGUUUCCUAAAAGGAGAUAUGUUCAUUGUUCAUAAUGAAUUAGAAGAUGGAUGGAUGUGGGUUACAAAUCUAAGAACAGAUGAACAAGGCCUUAUUGUUGAAGACCUAGUAGAAGAGGUGGGCCGGGAAGAAGAUCCACAUGAAGGAAAAAUAUGGUUCCAUGGGAAGAUUUCCAAACAAGAAGCUUACAAUUUACUAAUGACAGUUGGUCAAGUCUGCAGUUUUCUUGUGAGGCCCUCAGAUAAUACUCCUGGUGAUUAUUCACUUUAUUUUCGGACCAGUGAAAAUAUUCAGCGAUUUAAAAUAUGUCCAACACCAAACAAUCAGUUUAUGAUGGGAGGCCGGUAUUAUAACAGCAUUGGGGACAUCAUAGAUCACUAUCGAAAAGAACAGAUUGUUGAAGGGUAUUAUCUUAAGGAACCUGUGCCAAUGCAGGAUCAAGAACAAGUACUCAAUGACACAGUGGAUGGCAAGGAAAUCUAUAAUACCAUCCGUCGUAAAACAAAGGAUGCCUUUUAUAAAAAUAUUGUUAAGAAAGGUUAUCUUCUGAAAAAGGGCAAAGGAAAACGUUGGAAAAAUUUGUAUUUUAUCUUAGAGGGUAGUGAUGCCCAACUUAUUUAUUUUGAAAGUGAAAAACGAGCUACAAAACCAAAAGGAUUAAUAGAUCUCAGUGUCUGUUCUGUCUAUGUUGUUCAUGAUAGUCUCUUUGACAGGCCAAACUGUUUUCAGAUAGUAGUUCAGCACUUUAGUGAAGAACAUUACAUCUUUUACUUUGCAGGAGAAACUCCAGAACAAGCAGAGGACUGGAUGAAAGCUCUGCAGGCAUUUUGCAGUUUACGGAAAAGUAGUCCAGGGACAUCCAAUAAACGCCUUCGUCAGGUCAGCAGCCUUGUUUUACAUAUUGAAGAAGCCCAUAAACUCCCAGUAAAACAUUUUACUAAUCCAUAUUGUAACAUCUACCUGAAUAGUGUCCAAGUAGCAAAAACUCAUGCAAGGGAAGGGCAAAACCCAGUAUGGUCAGAAGAGUUUGUCUUUGAUGAUCUUCCUCCUGACAUCAAUAGAUUUGAAAUAAUUCUUAGUAAUAAAACAAAGAAAAGCAAAGAUCCUGAUAUCUUAUUUAUGCGUUGCCAGUUGAGCCGAUUACAGAAAGGGCAUGCCACAGAUGAAUGGUUUCUGCUCAGCUCCCAUAUACCAUUAAAAGGUAUUGAACCAGGGUCCCUGCGUGUUCGAGCACGAUAUUCUAUGGAAAAAAUCAUGCCAGAAGAAGAGUACAGUGAAUUUAAAGAGCUUAUACUGCAAAAGGAACUUCACGUAGUCUAUGCUUUAUCACAUGUAUGUGGACAAGACCGAACACUACUGGCCAGCAUCCUACUGAGGAUUUUUCUUCAUGAAAAGCUUGAAUCGUUGUUGUUAUGCACACUAAAUGACAGAGAAAUAAGCAUGGAAGAUGAAGCCACUACCCUGUUUCGAGCCACAACACUUGCAAGCACCCUGAUGGAGCAGUAUAUGAAAGCCACUGCUACACAAUUUGUUCAUCAUGCUUUGAAAGACUCUAUUUUAAAGAUAAUGGAAAGCAAGCAGUCUUGUGAGUUAAGUCCAUCAAAGUUGGAAAAAAAUGAAGAUGUGAACACUAAUUUAGCACACCUAUUGAACAUACUUUCAGAGCUUGUGGAGAAAAUAUUCAUGGCUUCAGAAAUACUUCCACCGACAUUGAGAUAUAUUUAUGGAUGUUUACAAAAAUCUGUUCAGCAUAAGUGGCCUACAAAUACCACCAUGAGAACAAGAGUUGUUAGUGGUUUUGUUUUUCUUCGACUUAUCUGUCCUGCCAUCCUGAAUCCGCGGAUGUUCAAUAUCAUCUCAGAUUCCCCAUCUCCUAUUGCUGCAAGAACACUGACAUUGGUGGCUAAAUCUGUGCAGAACUUAGCAAAUCUUGUGGAAUUUGGAGCUAAGGAGCCCUACAUGGAAGGUGUCAAUCCAUUCAUCAAAAGCAACAAACAUCGUAUGAUCAUGUUUUUAGAUGAACUUGGGAAUGUACCUGAACUUCCGGACACUACAGAGCAUCCUAGAACUGACCUGUCCCGUGAUUUAGCAGCACUGCAUGAGAUUUGUGUGGCUCAUUCAGAUGAACUUCGAACACUCAGUAAUGAGCGUGGUGCACAGCAGCACGUCUUGAAAAAGCUUCUGGCUAUAACAGAACUGCUUCAACAAAAACAACACCAGUAUACAAAAACCAAUGAUGUCAGGUAGCAGCCUUUGCCCUAGUGUUCUGCAUGGAUUCGGCAUGCCCAGUAUGGUAAUUUACAUCAGUAUAAUGUCUCCUUUGCUCUUGCCAAAAAAAUAGCACACUUUUCCACAUUCCAGUGAUGUGUGAGCUAUGCAAACAAAAUCUAAGAUUCUGCUGUUGAGUAACUGUGCCAGCAACCUUGUAUGCUAUCUGUGCAGGCUAUUUGCACUUUUUCCACAUGGAAUCAAUCUUUUAACAACCUCUGAGCCUUGGUGUACAGAUCACCUUUCACAAAAUGAAAUGCUAUGACUGUAUCUUGAACUUUGAAAAUAUAUUUUCAGUACACUCAGUUGCCAAAGUUUUCCUGUCUCUUGGAGGAAGAACUAUGAAAUCAACUGACAAAAAAAGCAUUCUCUUAUGUGUAUAACUGGAUUGCAGACUGUUCUCACUGUAACUACUUCCUGAUUAGGAAAUACGACCAUUUGACUGUUCAAUGAUUAUUUGUAUUUACAGUUUCCAGAGUUUGUCAUUGUAACAGGAACAAUCUUUGCUGUAUACGUUUAAAAAAUAUUGUGCUAUUUCUCUUGCUGGAACUGUUGAAAGAAAAUAUAUAGAAUGAUCUAUUGCUCAUCAGCUUUAUUUUUUAAACAUACUACUUAUUUUGAAAUUGUCAAAGACUGUAUUUAGAUCUCAUAAUGCUUUGUUAAAUGUUUACAAAACAGUAGUUUGAAUUCAGUAAAUAUUAUUGGUUUAUUGUAUUGAUCAAUGCAUGUCACCCAUCCAACCAUUUUAUAAACUAUGUUUCUUUUAUGUUAACUAGAAUGCUUUUGCUAAAUGUAUUUGUUCAUUAUUUGUGCUGCCCCUUUGAUUAUGCAGACAACCUCAUCAGCUGCUUAACUUAUCCAUCUUUGAACUUAUGACUACUUGUUUUAUCUGCUGGAUAUUUAGUUCAACUGUAUAGUUUUAUUUACUUCUGUAUGUGCAUUUUCGUGAAGUAUUCACAAAGGCUAAGUUAAAAUAAAACCAAGGGAUAUCUUGCAUAAUUGAUUACUUUUGUCUGAAUAGAGCUAAGCAUUUAAUUUGUUUAUUUUCUUCCUCCUUCAGGGGCAGUUUAAACCUUAGCACCAGAGCAAGGCCCAGGGAGAAGCUGAAGCUUCAGAUCAGUACUUUUGCUAAUGGCAUCUUUUGAAAAGGAUUCUGUAUUAUUCAAUAAUUCCUUCCCUCUCAUAAUUGUGCAGGGGAGAUAAGACAUAUGUGGGCAUCAUAUGUGGAUCAUAUGUGGCAGUAUGACAUUGGUAAUCAAUCAAAGUGGGUGAGACAGGAACCCAAGGUGGUAUUCCCACAGUAAGGAAAGACCGAGAUUCCAAGAGCAACACUUUAUGCUAUUCCUCCAAUGUAUAAAACACAGGGAAAAAAAUUUUAAGGGUUUAAAAGAUGUCUGCUUUUUCAGGCUACAAAAGUCAAUUAUUUCUAUGGGAGCUGCUAACCUUAUGUGACUUCAAUCACAGUUCAACACUGAUAACAAAAAUCUCAAGUCCUGUGCUCCUUUUCCUUGACAUCAACUCAAUUCAUUCCAUUCUCUCCCUUCUUGGCUCUUUAUCAAAUUAUUCUCCUUUCCUCUUUUCCAUCCCUUCUGCUUUUCAGCUGAACUUGGACCAACAUAGUAUCCCAGGUGGUCUCCUUCCUUGGUUACAUGAUAGCCGACAGGGAGGAUAUGAACUAGUCAAGAUAUUUUUGCUGUGCAUUUUGGUUCCCACUAAUCGCCCCUAAAUCUUUAGCCAUACUAAGCUGUCAUUCUUCAGCCUGAAAUCCUUCUCCCUUGUAUUUAAAAUCACAAACCUGACUUACCCUGCACUUCUUAUAUUUUAAUGUAAUUUGUCUCUCAAGUUGAAAUGGAAACUUGUUACUUACCUUUGUAGGUAGUAACUAGCUUGUCAGUGUUGAAAUAAAAUCUCUCAAACUUUAACUUUUUUAAUGGGGCUGGGUGGGAAAAUUUUCAGUGGUAAGUGUGGACCUUGCUCUGAUGCCAAAGUUUGGCGAUCUGAAAGGGAAAAUGGGACAAAUAGUGAACAUCUUGCAAUUCUGUCUACAGCCUAGCAGCAAUGUACUUAACUAAGACUACAAUGGAGGAUUUAUAACUUUUGGCUUCUUCCACUCUGCUUUUGCAAAAUCUCACAUCAUGAGUUUUAUUCCUUUCACUCCAGAAUGAGAA